AAAAAAGUUAGUAAACAAUGAGGAGGUGCUAAGCUAAGCAAGGGGCUACCCUCCAUUCCAAUUCCAUUCCAUUACCACCAUCAUACGGAGGGCAAUCCCAAAAUCGCAAUUGCAAUUUUCAAACAUGUCCCAGAAUAAUAUUACUCUCUCUCUUUUUUUCUGAUGAAAGGAAAAGGAAGGUAUGGAGUGUUUUGACAUCUGGAAGAGGAAGAGAUAAUGGUGCAGUGCCUAGACGGAAUAAAGCAUUUGUGUGCUUCUGUCAUAAAUUGUUGCGAUUCUGAUUCGUUAAAUCAACAACCUAUUGGUUUACAAAAUCCACAACUUCUUGCAAGAGAGACCGUGUUUAGUGUAAGUGAGAUUGAAGCACUUUAUGAACUUUUCAAGAAGAUCAGCAGUGCAGUCAUUGAUGAUGGACUAAUUAAUAAGGAAGAAUUUCAGUUGGCAUUGUUCAAGUCAAACAAGAAGGAGAGCUUAUUUGCAGAUAGGGUGUUUGACUUGUUUGAUACAAAGCACAAUGGGAUACUUGAUUUUGAAGAGUUUGCCCGUGCUCUUUCUGUUUUUCAUCCCAACGCACCAAUUGAUGAGAAGAUUCAGUUUUCUUUCCAAUUGUAUGAUCUCAAACAGCAAGGUUUUAUUGAAAGACAGGAGAUAGCAUUGAGUAGCGGCUGGCCCCAAAAUUGGGAUAGUGGUGUACCACAUUGCAGGAUAGUCACUAUUCGACUACUGUAUAUAUUAUAUAUAUGUCCAAAUAUUUUUAUAUUAAAGUAAUACAAGUAAAAGCCUAUGGUACUCAAAGGCCCUACAUUUUUCACGACGCCUUUUAAGCUGUAUUUUUCUAUAGAUUGGACUUUAAGGGCCCAAACAUUUUCUUCUCUCUUAAACUUGUAGACCUAACAGGAGUGUUGUGUGACGUUAGUCUGUAACAACAUUUCCGCACACAACCAGCAGCUAAUUGUGCAGCUGGAAAAAUCGAGAUAGAAGCUUCUAGCCGGAAAACACAUACUUUAUGGUCCCUCAGGUUGCUGUAAAACCCAGAUUUGGUCACAAAUCACGACAGAGUCCUGUCGUUUUUUAUUUCUCCUUCCUCUCCUUUGGUUCGACCCUAAAGUGGCACAUCAUACACAACCUGCUCCACGUUUUUGUGCCGCAGCACCCACCACAUUGGCCGCACCACUAUAUGUGACACACCGAGUGGCUCUGUAGUGUCCAUCACUGCUUUGUGCUGCUCUUCCAUGAUAACGGAUCUAUCCACAACUAUUGACUACCUAGAUUUAUAUGCAUUGAUGAUCCUUGUUUUUAU